GAGGCAAGACAGCACAGUCACUCUUCACAGAUCCAAGCAAUCGGAAUUUCUUUAUAUGAUGACGAAAAUUGUAUGUACUGACCAUGCAAUAAUAAUCAGCCGGCCCCUACCGAUUCUUCCAGCAGAGGCGAAAAGUCUCGGGCCAAGACUUAAAGCUUCGAGGACGAACAAGCGACGUGCGCGUCUUUUCCCCCACAAUCUCCACCAUAAACAUACUCUCCGACUGCAUCUUGGCCAAAGCUUGAAGGGGCUUGCCAUUCGAAGCGAUGAAACAAAAUAAUGCUUGAUGAGCAUGGGCCACAAUUACCGGCGUAGUCGUCAGCCACGAUGUGUUUCUCCACAGUCUAUUUAACUAUUGAGAGGCUGAGGGGGAUCCUCAGAAACGGCGAUUGUAAAGUGGAACUUGGGAGAGCAACCAAUUAAUGGAUGUCUAUUUCGAAACUCUUCGAUUUCGGCUGGAGCCGCUGACGAAGCUUGAGCCACGAAGCGUGAACACGCUGAGGUGGACGUCAAUUUGUUUGCAAACAACAGAAGUGGAGGGGAUUUACACUAUAGUAUAAGUAUAUCGUUAUUUUGCUUCCAAAUGGGAUUCUCUCUUCACUCUCAUCCACAUCCUCAUUUCUGUCUCUUCCCUCCUCCGUUUCCUCUCUUCAUAAACCACACUCACUUUUGUGCCGUUUUCAAUCUUUACUAGAAUACCAUUAUCUCAAAAUGGUCUACUUUCCCAAGCUCGUCGGUGCAGUUGCAGCUGUCUGCUUUGCAAGCACAAUUAUUGCCCAUCCAGGCGAGCACCACGAUCAUGCCGAGAUCAAACGCCAAGUCAAAGCUCGCGAUCAAAUGGCCACUGCUGCAAAGAGAUCUCUCGAUACUUGUUCUAGCUCGCUCAAGCACCGUGAACUCACAGCUCGAUCUCUCGCUCGCCGUGCUGAGGUUCUUAACGAGCUCCGCCAAAAGCGUGGAAUCGCUACCAAGCCUAAGAAGUAUCGCCGCGAUCUCGAAACUCUCGAGACUUUCGAGGCUGUUAACCACAAUAUGACCGGCGUUGACGAUUACACUUCCGAGACUGCAGAGUCUACCAUAUUCGCUGCCAACACCAGCUGCAUAAUGUCUCCCGAGAACACAGACGGCCCAUACUAUGUGACUGGUGAGUUUAUCCGCAAGAACGUGACUGAAGGCGAGCCUGGAAUCCCACUCUACCUCGAGGUUCAAUAUAUCGACAUCACAACCUGCGAGCCCGUCCCCGAAGUCUACGUCGACAUUUGGAACUGCAACUCCACCGGAUACUACAGCGGUGUUGUCGUAACCGGCAAUGAAGUUGGCUGGGACACAACCUUCCUUCGUGGUAUCCAACCCACAGACUCCGACGGUGUCGCCUCCUUCGAGACAAUUUUCCCAGGCCACUACAGCGGCCGCGCCAUCCAUACACAUCUGCUGUCGCACAACAACGUAACCGUCCUCGCCAACGGUACCAUCCAAGGCGGCUCCGUCUCGCACAUCGGGCAGCUGUUCUACCAAGAGACACUCCGCUCUGCAGUCGAAGCCACAUACCCGUAUAACACCAACACACAGGAUAUCACGUCCAACGCAGAUGAUAUGUGGUCCAUUGUGCAGGCUGAGAAUGACUUUGAUCCAUUCCCGGAGUAUCUGUAUCUCGGAGAUAGCAUCGAGGAUGGAUUGUUUGCUUGGAUCCAGAUCGGGAUCAACGUUACUGCUGAUCAGUCGGACUCGUCGUACUAUGCUGUUGCGGCUACUUUACAGGCUGAUGGCGGACAUCAGAAUACUGAGAGCACUUUUACUGGGGGGAGCGGUGGUGGGGAUUUCAUUGGAACGAUGGAAGGGAAUGGUACGGCUCCGAGUAGCGUGGGGUCAAUUGGAUUUGCGACUGUCAGUUCUACUUCAGCAGCCAGUAGCGCUGCUUCGACUGAGGAGGCUGUUCAGCGAUGUAGUUGAAGGAUUCGUUCGUAAUCCAAUGGAGGAGAACAAAGGAAUUGGGAGUGCGGAAGGGGAAAUAAGGAGAGAACGGAGGAAGUGAUAGGCGACUUCGGGCGAGAAUGAGGCGGAUACCCGAAUAUCUGUAUAUAUCUCACCAGCUUGUGUGCUUAUAUAGUAGUCAUUGUUUGAAGCAUCUUCCGCAAUCUGACUUAUACUUCAUUGAGUUCUGGAGGUCUUUUCCAGACUAGAUAGC